AUGGUCGCCUUCAAACUCCUCACUCUAGUCGGACUCGCUGCAACCGCCGUGGCUCAAGUCUCAUUUGGCGCUCCGGAGAACUCGGCUGAGAUUCUGUCUCUCCUCCAGGACGCAAACCAGUACACCGUCUCAUCUGGUCAGAAUGCAGCAAGAUACAGAGCUGGCAACCCAUCCAGCUACCAGGACCUCUCAGAUGAGAACGCCAAACUCCUCCAAUCGUGGCAAGCGAUCAAUACUGCCGCAAAGAGCAGCUCUGGUUUCUACAGCGAACAAGGUGCCCAACAAAUUAUCGACUUUGUCAACAACCAGCUUUACCCGAACACGAAGCGGGCCGACCAGAUCUAUGUCAAGCAACGACCUGAGUUCCAGAAAGGACCUCGCCCCUUCAUCGAUUACAUCAAUCCCGGCUUGAUCCAGCUGAAGGUCGCCGUGGCCGACGCUGCGGCUGCUGUUGCACAGAGGGCGCGAGCCACUCAGCUGACCCCAAUCACCCUGGCGUUUUUGAACAUCGCUCAGGACUAUUCCAACACGCAGGAGAUCCAGAUGUUCGGUCCUCAGACGCCCAUCUACAGGGGUCAGUGUGGAUGUUCAGGACAAGGACCACAAGGCUACUUCGGAGGUGGUCUACCAGGCCCCUUCGGAAAAGGCCCACGGGGUUAUCGAGCAUGA